GGUAUCGCAUUCGACGAUUCAAUAGCCAACCGGAUAAAAUCUGACUCUACACUUUCCUAUACAAUUCGGUUGUCGAAUACCAAUCGUCGCAGCAAAGGAUUUACCGGUUCAAAUACCUACACACCAUGGAAUACGCAUGAGGUGUUCGCAGUGCAAUUCAUCAGCGGACCCAUAAAUCCCUCAGAAGCCGAUGGAGGCUACCCAGGCUACUGGAAAGAAGGUUUUAUGACAGUGCAGAAAGCUGUGAACAAUGCCAUCUACGAGAUUCUCACCGGCCAUCACAUCGACAUAUUCAAUAUUGACCUCAUGAUAGGUCGAUUCCCAUUCCCAGCGUACAAGUCGAAAAUCAUCGAAAUCGGCGCAUUCUUUCUUCCUGUCGUCAUUGUAUUCUCCUAUAUGACUAGUGUGAUCUACAUAGUAAAGAGUGUAGUAAUGGAGAAGGAAGCAAAACUGAAGGAAUAUAUGCGGGUCAUGGGUCUGAGCCAGUGGAUUCAUUGGGUUGGUCAUUUCAUCGUCAAUUAUGUGAAACUGCUUCUC